AUGAAGAAGGCAGUAAAUCCCGUCACUAACCGUGCUACUAUUAAGAAGCUGCUGGAUUCACUCCCUAAGGAAUGGAGUCUGCAAUGCAUGAUGAUCAAGAAGGAUUUCCUCAAUAAUCUAAAUCAUGUCACUCUGUCCGACUUAAUUAACACUCUAAGAGCUUUUGAAAUGGAUGUCAACAAACGAGAAAUGAACACUGCUGGUUACACCCCAAAGACCAAUCAAACUUCUGCUGGAAUGAAGAAUGUCGCGUUCCUUGCUAUAAGUGGCAUCAGUCAACAAGCUUCUGACUUGACCUAUGCUAACGCUUCUGCAAGCGCAUCAAAGGCUCCACAACCUAGUGAGAAGACUGUCACAGUUGGUGAUACACAAGCGUUGAAGGUGCCUACUGAAAACGUGGCACUUUUUAACAUAUUUCCGAGUAGCUAUGAAGCUUUGAUGUCAGGAGAGCUCAAGAAGGAGAUGUUCACUGCUGAAGACAUGUAUCAAGACAAGACCGGGAAACGUUUGGGUCUUGGAAAGGCUGGUUUUGACAAAUCCAAACUGAGAUGUUACAACUGCAAGAAUCUGGGCCAUUUCAAGCGUGACUGCCCCUUGUUGAAAGAAGGAAACAAUGAAGCCACUCCCGCUGUAAAACAAAUCACUAUCGAAGAAAACAAAAACAACGCGUCUCCUAGCACGCCAAAAGCUUUAGUCGUUGAAGAUUAUGAUUGGAGUGAAGAAAUUGCUGAAGUCAAGGAACAAGUCAACAAAGCUCUUAUGGCAAAGAUCUCAAGCGGUUCCUCAUCAAAGCAGUUUGAGAAACCAACAGCUGGAAUUCCAAAAGGUGACAACAUUGCUGACAAGGGUCUGAAAAGCAUUCUCAACUCCCCGGAGCCUGAGAAAGAAAAGAAGUCUGAAGAAGCUAAGGAGCAGAUUCCUAAGGAUGCAUCUGACCAGAAGAAAGACAAAGAAAAGGUCUCAGCCGCAGCAAUGAAAACAGAAUCUUCGAAAGAAAAAGCUGACAAAGACUUGUGUACUGAGACAAUUGAAGACCAAGAUUCAGAAAGUUCAAAUGAUGAUCACAGCUGCAAUGAUUCAAGUUACGAAGCAAGUGAGGAGCAAAACUCAAGUGAAUACCAAACGUUUGAAAGUUCAUUCGAUUCUGACAGUGAUGAAGAAAACUCAGAAGAUGAAAGAAGAGUUGACAAGAAAAUGAAGAAAGUAGAAAUCUCAAGACACUCAUCACAUACAUCAUCUUCUAACACCAAAAGACCCAGACGUAAAAGAUGUUUUCGCUGUGGUCAUUUAGGACAUACAGCGAAACAUUGUAAAAACAAGAAUUUUUCUAAACCACAAUAUGAUUUUGUUAAGAAUUUCACAGAUCAACUUGAUUAUCUUAAGAAAUCUGUUAAAAAUCUGUUCAAUUCAACAGCUCAGUUUUGGAAACAGAAAAAGGAUAUCGUGGCUCAAAACCACGAUAGAUUCAACAUGAAGCAAGUCUGGGUUCCCAAAUCAAACUCAUUUGUGUAUAUUCUUGUAUUUCAAAAUAAACUCCAGAAAUGGCUUCGAAUGCUCAUGGAAUAUAUCUGGCAUGUCGACAGCGGAUGUUCAAGACACAUGACAGGCUUAAAGGAACUUCUGAGGAAUUUUUGGUUUAUUGAUAAUGAUUUCGUGUCAUUCACUGGAGACGAGAAGGGAGGGAAGAUCAUUGGAAUAGGAAAUGUGGUGUCUGAAGCUCUCACGUUGGAAAAUGUCAACUAUGUUCCAGAAUUGUGCUACAAUCUCAUGAGUGUAUCACAAGUCUGUGAUAAAGGAAUAUCGGUGCUUUUCAACGACAUGGAAUGCUUAUUUCUCAAGCUUGAAUAUGUCGUUCCUUCAGAAAUGAUCAUGCUCACUGCUCCAAGACAAAACAACACAUAUGUGCUCAACAUGAAAAAUGCCAAGACAAAUGACAACUUGACCUGUUUGAUCUCAAAGGCUUCAGAAUUCGAGUCACUGCUUUGGCACAGGCGAUUGGGGCAUGUAAAUUUCAAAAAUAUGAAUAAACUCUCUAAGUUAAACUUAGUAAGAGGACUUCCGAUAAAAGAAUUUCCUUUUUCUGAAAAAUGUAUAGCAUGCGCCCAGGGAAAGCAACACAAGAAAUCGCACAAGUCCAAAGCAGUGAAUACGAUUACUGCGCCUCUUCAGUUGAUGCAUAUGGAUCUUUUUGGUCCAAUUAGUGUUAAAAUUCUUGCUAAAAGUUCUUACUGUUUGGUGAUUACAGAUGAUUUCUCUCGUUUUCAUGGGUUUAUUUUCUUGAGGCAAAGAGUGAGACAACUGAAAUUCUCAAGUCAUUCAUUCCCUUGA